GUGAAAGAUGAGUGUGCUCUUCGAAACAAGUCUUGGUGACCUUGUCGUUGAUCUCGAAACCGACCUUUGCCCUAUCACUAGUGAAAAUUUUCUCAAACUCUGUAAAACGUUUUACUAUAAUUUUACUUCAUUCUUCAAUGUUCAAAAGGACUUUAUUGCACAGACUGGUGAUCCUACUGAGCUUGGUACCGGAGGAGAGUCAAUCUAUUCAAAGCUGAAACCAUCUAGCUCUUAUCCUUACUAUGGAAAAACCUACUUUCCAGCCGAGCUAUUUCCUCAAAACCUCAAACUACUCAAACAUAAUACCAAAGGAACUCUCUCGAUGGCCGUGUCGGACGGCAGAUGUGCCAGUCAAUUCUUCUUCACUCUUGAAGAUGGUCUAGAUUACCUGGAUGGAAAACAUGUAGUUUUUGGUAGAGUGGUAGAAGGAUUGGAAACGCUUGACAAGAUUAAUGAUGCACUUCUCGAUGAUAACGGACGACCAUUACGAGAUAUUCGAUUAAGACAUGUGAUCGUACUUGACGAUCCUUUUCCAGACCCUGAAGAACUUGUGAUCCCUCCUAAUUCUCCUAUCGAACCACCUAGUCAUCUGAAGGGCAAGAUUUUGGCGGUAGGAGAUGAAGAAGAGUUGGAUGAAGAUUUAGAUGAAGAAGAAGCUGAACGUAGACGAAGGGAACGUGAUGCAAGAGCUCAAGCCUUAACACUUGAAAUGGUUGGAGAUCUUCCAUUUGCCGAAGUAGCUCCACCUGAAAACAUUUUGUUUGUUUGUAAAUUGAAUUCGAUCACUAGAUCUGAAGAUCUUGAGUUAAUCUUUAGUAGGUUUGGAACCAUUUUGAGUUGUGAAGUCAUCAAGGAUGGCAAAACUGGUGAUAGUCUUCAAUAUGCGUUUAUUGAAUUCGAUCAAAGAGAAGAUGCUGAAAGGGCUUAUUUCAAAAUGGAUGGUGUGUUGAUUGAUGAUCGUCGAAUUCAUGUUGAUUUCUCUCAAUCUGUCUCAAAACUUCAUUCAGAUUGGGUUUUUAAAAGAACUGGACGAAGGACAAACCCUCAAACUUCAAGUGAUCGAAAACCAUCACAUCCAUCACAACCACGCUCAUCACAUCAUUCUCAUGGAACGAAUACAAAUCACAAAGCUCACAAAAACUAUGAAAUGACAUUUGAAUCAACUGAAAGAAGUAAAUCUGACUCUCGACACUAUCAGUCUCGUCAUGAGGGUAGAGGAAGUGGAAUGAGGCGAGAUCGAGAUGAACGUGGUUCUAGAAGAAGUAGGUCACGAAGUCCACAGAGACGCACAUCUCAUCAUGAUCGAUCGGAUCGUCGGAGGUGAUGGUGAUUCUUAUAAAAAAAGAAUGAUGUAUUCUGUAAGCUAAAGGACCACUAUGGAUUGUAUACAUAAAUAUCUAUUUGACUUUU